AUGCAGUUUUCUCAUAUUUUUAUAUAUUUUACGGUUUUGAGCUUCAAAUAUGUCGGCUUCGGUGGAUUUAAGGCUUCCUGUCAGCCAGCCGGUAAGGCUCCUGAUACCGUUUCCAUGAGAUCCACCUCAACCUUUAGUUCUGUGGUAUCAUCAGUUAUACCCAGUAUUAGAAAUGCUUCUCAGCCCACAAAUUCAGUUACUUUGGAUUUUGGAGCCUCCCAAGUUAGUCCCGAUCUCGUCGUGAACACUAGCAUUCCUGGAGUUAUCAAGUAUUCAUCAGCUAACGGUAAAAAGCUUGAUAAAAUUGCUGGAAAUCAGCAAUUUAUUGAAUUUCAUAAGGAAAUAGACCAUGUUUUCUCGAACUCACCAUUCAAUGGCAAUAUUACAGUCGUCUUUAAAGAUUCUUCGAACGAACAAUUUUUUUUACAGCCAAAUGGUUUCGUAAGGGUUGCUCCCGAUCAGAGUUCAUCGCAAGCAUCAGCUAAACCCGGAACACAGACGUUACUAGAGUUGGAUUUAAUUAACCCCUCCGCACAGUUUACUCUGGAAGAGGUUGGAAAUAUAAAAUGCUAUAAGCCUAAGGGCCCUAGAGAGCUGGUGUCCAAAAUUAUUAUCGGCGAUGCCAACAGAAGUGUUGAACACCAAGUAAAGGAAAACUUUAUCUGUUAUACCCAAGAUAACGGAAGAUAUAGUAUUUUGGUGGCCUAUUUGACCACUGAAAAUAAGUGGUUAAAAUACACCCUUUCCAAACAGCAAAACACCAAUAUUUUGAUGGACGUCAGUCUCAUGAGGACUUUCGACGAUAUUGAUAUGGCAAACAUUUUUGCAGAUCACUCAACUCCAUACGACAACGAGGUGUUUUCCUAUGACAACCUGAAGAUAAACAGAAACGACGUGGGAAAAUUGAUGAGUCAGACAACAGGAAACUUGAGAUUCCAUUUGGAUGUAAGAGAACAGGGCGGUAAGACCGAGAGAAUAAAUGUCGUUUUUGACAAGCACUUCAUCAUUGACGAAGGAUUUAAGUUCCACUCUAUAAGGUCAAAAAAUAAUUACGAGCAGAUGAUGUUUACAUACGUUAACGACAAUGUAGUACACCACGAGAAGUACGUCAAAAGGGGAAACGUGUACAAGAAGGACCUAAACGCUGUAAAUAAGCACGACCUGAAGAGAACGAAGACAAUCAUUGGAAGGGAAAACAUUGAUGACGAAAAUGUGCUCUUCUACACGACGAUUGUGCCUGAUGCUCUGCACCAGGGAAUUGAGAUUUCGCACCACGGAAGGUUCAAAGUGUUCGACUUCGAAAAGGGAAAGGAAAGGUUCGUCAUAUUCCCGAACAUGGAGUUUUAUUUAAGCAAGGAUCAAGACCACAGGCUGAUCCUGUGCGAAAACGGAGAAAGUGUCAGCCUGGUAAUGAAAACGACGUCAAAUAACAACAGGGUUGACUACAUCGCCUCAACAGACCCACUGAAAGGGAACCCCCUGGCAAUAAAGGGUCUCUUGAAGGACUUUGACUUCACAAAGAAGUCAAGUGGCAUGUCGACGUUAAAGGGAGGUCUGCAACCAGAAGCUGCAGACGAAGUAAUAAGUGUUGUCGAAGGUCCUCCAGUGAUUUCACAACCAAUGCCGGCGCUUGCAACCCCUCCGAUUACAACUCAACCUCCUACAACUGACACUGUUGCCACACCGCCCCCAGUCACAGCAACAGCCCCAAUCGUAACUCGGAGAGCGUCUACGGAUAGCGACGAGGAAAUUUCAGUUGUGGAAGGACCCAUGCUUAAUUUGACACCCUCACAGCCUACUCAGCAACCGCCUCAAGAAUCACAACAACCUGCACUGCAACCACAAGAACAACCUGAUCAAGACCAGCAACAGGCAUCACAACCUCAAGAACAAGAACAACCAGAUCAAGAACACCAACACGAAUCACAACCUCAAGUACAAGAACAACCACAGUCGUCUGAACAACCAGAACCAUCUGAACAACAAGAACAACCACAGUCAACCGAAGAACCUGAACAGGAUGCAACCCAAGAUCAACCAUCGGAACAUCAAGAACAAGUAGCUCAACCAAAAGCACAAGAACAGUCAACUGAUCAACAAGAAUCACAUUCACUGCAGGAUGGGUCUCAACAGACGAUUCAACCACAAGUCAUCCAACCACAACAGACACAGCCUCAACAGACCAUUCAACCACAAGUCAUCCAACCACAACAGACACAGCCUCAACAGACCAUUCAACCACAACAGGCACAACCUCAACAGACCAUUCAACCACAGCAGGCGAUUAAACCACAACAACAACAACAAGACGAAGAGGAUGAUGAUGAUGAUCUAGCAGUCGUUUUAGGACCUAUGGAAGUUUCACAGACACAGACACAACCAGCUGCACCAACGCCUCCAGCGCAACAUUCUCCACCACCUUCACCAACUCCUCAAGUGCAACCACAGCCUGUAACCGUACCUGCGGAAGACGAUGGAUGGUUUACAGUGCCAGAUUCUUCUCAACAAACUGCUACACAAUCCACACCGCAGCCACAACAGACUUCUCAACCUAAGUCUGGGUCAAAAGCAGACAGUGAUGAUGAAGAUAUGGCCGUAGUAGAAGGGCCGAUGAUGUUUUCACAAGCCGCGCCAGCGUCACAGCCAGCGUCUAACGGACAAAACGGAAAUCGCGCUCAAGCGCGAUAA